AUGGAUCAUAACGGAGAUAACGAGAGCUAAUAGAAUGAUGAUGUAGUCAAUUCUAUAAAAUCUGGAGAUGUACCCAAAAAAAAGCGAAUAAUUUUGAGGUUUCCUGAUGGCACAUAUUCACACGCUCUGAAAUUCGGUGAUAGCGAUUCAUGGCUUGAAAUGAAAAUGAAUAAUGAGAAUCAAAACAGAAGAGCAGGAGUGAACAGAAUUUAAAUAUUGUAAAUUGAGGACGAGGUUGAGUAUAUCAUUAACAACAUUGACUUUAUGUUAGAUCCAGAGCAAGCGAUGAACAAAUACAAUGAGCACAGAAGAAAUCUUACGUAUUUCCUAGUUAUCAACUUUGUCUUUGAGAUAAUGCUUUACUAUUACUUAUUUAGCAAUAUGGACUUCAUUAUAUCAUAGUUGAGUGAGAUUUACAGAGAUCUUACUAUUGAAAAGCUAAAUAGAGUCUUUAAACUAAGCAAUGGGAUCGAUAUUAUUGUUAAUAUGUUUAUGUACUCUCUUGGAUAUAUGGCCUUGAAAACACAUAAGAUAACAAUUUUUAAUGCGUAUCACUGGGUAUUAAUGAUUGCAAUUUUCUCUAGAAUAGUUAUAUCCUACCUAAACAUGUAAACAUUUGGGAGUUUUAUUUGA